UCUGAAAUGUGUUCUUUUAUUCCACCAAAGAGAGUUCCCCAACGAGAGCCCCCUCCUCUUUGAAGAACGGGCCCUGCCUUGUGAUCAUGUGUAUCCUCACUCCUCUGGCUGGUAACUGACCUGCAGGUUGUGGGUCAGGUGGCUGAUAUCCCUGAGCGCACCAUCACACAGAAAUGCUGUCAAGAUCUGUCACUUUGAAGUGCUCUUUGGUUGAGUUGACAGUGCAGUGCUGCCUGUCAGGGAAUGGCCCUGCUCAUUUUACAGCAACAGAGCUGCUUGCUAUCCAAGGAAAUCCCCAGGAAGCCAACUCCUGUAUCCCUUGCUCCCCUGGAGCUCGUUGCAAUCUAAAUGCUGUCAGUUUCCUGGAGGAGCCCUGCUUUGACCUCUCUUCCCUUUGGUUUGCUGUUCAACCCAUCAGCUCGUGCUGACUCAGAAAAACACAGCACAGCUCCCACUUUCUUACAUGUCACUGCAGCAUAGGGCUUGAAAUUACAGAUGUAUUUCAUAUGAAAACAGAUAGUAUAGAGUGUGAAUGUACUCCUUUUAUUUUUUUUCUCCCCCCUGCCUCUCCUUAUCUCUCCCAGAUCCAGCUCUAGAAGGGCAGUGAGCAGAACUAGGAGCCAGAGCAUUGCACUCAACCUUGGUAUUCCAUGGGGGUUGCAUCUCAUUUGUUUGCACCUAGUGUGUCUAUAGUUCUGGUGAGGUCAGAUGCUUUCUGUUUUGUCCCACUGCCUUUCCUUAGUGGGAUGUUUUUAUGAUACUUCAGCGCUUUGUAAAAGGCAGUUAAGAAAUUGAUGCCUUGCUUCCUGCAGCUGAUCAGUGUGUGGAAGGGGGAUCAGAAAGACGAGAAUGCGUGGGAAAGGAACCUGAGCACUCUGCCCUUUGCAGGGCAUCCAGAUGCACUUCGAACCCAGCAGGGUGACACAGUGAGUCACCUGGCUCUGUUCCCAGCUGCAGGAACGGGGCAGACUUUGGGGUCUCGCUGUGUGUGUGGCAGGAUGAGUUGUCUGCUCAGGACAGCCAGGCUCUCUGCUCAGUGGCUUUUUGCAUCUGCUGCUGCUCCAUGCCGCCGUGCCUCACGGUUCAACGUGCCUCCCAGUGCUGAGUUCGUGGCCCGGCCCGUGGGGGUCUGCUCCAUGCUAAGGCUUCCUGUUCAGACCUCAGCAGAGGGGCUGGAUGCAGCUUUUGUCGGUGUUCCCCUUGACACGGGCACAUCCAACCGGCCUGGAGCCAGGUUUGGUCCUCAGCAGAUCCGUGCUGAGUCAGUGAUGGUGAGGAGGUACAACGUCAGCACUGGGGCUGCACCUUUCGACUCCCUGCUGGUGGCUGAUGUUGGAGAUGUGAAUGUCAACCUCUACAACCUGCCCAACAGCUGCCGCCGCAUCUACGAGUCCUACCAGAAGAUCGUGGCCUCUGGCUGUGUGCCUCUCACUCUGGGUGGAGACCACACUGUAACAUACCCCAUCUUGCAGGCAGUGGCAGAAAAGCAUGGACCUGUGGGGCUGGUGCAUGUGGAUGCUCACACUGACACCAGUGACAUGGCCCUGGGGGAGAAGAUCUACCAUGGGACCCCAUUCCGGCGCUGCGUGGAUGAAGGGCUGCUGGACUGUAGCCGGGUGGUUCAGAUUGGCAUCCGUGGCUCCUCCUAUGCCCCUGAUCCUUACAAGUACUGCUGGGACCAGGGAUUCCGGGUGGUUCCAGCUGAGGAGUGCUGGAUGAAGUCCCUGGUUCCACUGAUGGAAGAGGUGAGGCAGCAGAUGGGGGAUGGCCCGGUGUACAUCAGCUUUGAUAUUGAUGGGCUGGACCCUGCCUAUGCCCCGGGAACGGGCACACCAGAGAUUGCUGGGCUCACACCUAUGCAGGCUUUGGAGAUUAUUCGUGGCUGCAAAGGACUCAAUAUAGUGGGAUGUGACCUUGUGGAGGUUGCACCCAUAUAUGAUGUCUCUGGUAACACUGCUCUGCUAGGGGCCAAUCUGCUCUUUGAAAUGUUGUGUGUCCUUCCUGGAGUGAAAACCAUGUGAGGGCAGCUCCUGUCUGGACCCCAGCCCUGUGAACCACCAGCAGCAGAUGCCAUUGCAGACCUUGGAUGAGGUUCCUGAUGCCCUACUCUCCUCCAGGUGCAGUGAACAUGUGCUUUGCAGUAAGGAAUAAAUGCCAUGUGCUGCUAGAAGAGGUAGGGAAGCAUAGCAGCUGAGGAGAGGUGGGUGUUGUCCCUUGGCCCAACCACUGGUGUUCCAGGAGGGGUUUGGUUGCCCUCGGGAUGUAUGAGUUCAUGCAGGCAUGGGAUCGUUUGGCACAUGGAAAAACAAAAUCCACUUCAUCACACAUUAAAAUAGUUUAUUUUGGUUGCGAAUCUGUAAUCGUCUUAAAACAAAAUGACAUCAGUGCCUGAUCACAAAUACAUGACAAAAAAACAAACAAACAAAAAAAAACCCAAACCAAAAAUAAAAAAGACAAGUUUGCCAAAUAAGUUAAUUCCCCACCUCCCUCCCUGUAUCAAAAGUGCAAAAGAUGUACUUUGUUUUCAGUCCCACUUGUCAGGCUGUGUUAGUGUACGAGUUACUGGCAGGCUCUGCUCCUGCCACUCUCAGUCAAAAGAAGGGCUUUGGGACAACCUCUGACUUGGGGCUGCUUCCCUUUUUGCUGUAAGGAUGUUUUUGUUUCAGCUUCUGAGUGGGGCUGCUUGCUUGUUUAUCGCCGAAUAGUGCAUUAGGACUGAACUGCCUCAAUCUUUGGGUUACAAACUGCCACAUGCAGCGCAGAGCAGCGGGUGCGUGUUGCUGAUGAUACGUUACAACAUGGGGGGAUUUUGGGAUCUCAGCUUAUGACUGCUGGGAGAGGGCAGGCAGAGCUCAGGCAUAAGCAGCAGCUGAGGGGGCCUCUGACCACGCUCUUCUACUGGCAAGCAAGUGCCCAGUGCUCCAUGACAACCAAAACUACUUCAGUGGGUGAUUUUAGAACAGUUUGGCAUUGCUGCAGCGCACAGAAAUUAUACUUUGAAGGCCACAAGGCCAGAUCUUUUCCUUAUUUGGCCUGGGGUUGAAUUCCUUUGCUGUAGCACAAUUAGGCACUUUGUCUUUUUUUUUUUUUUUUUAAGUUGCACGUCAAAAGUUUAUUUGGGUUUCUGACUCGCUGAAGAGAUGGCAGAUGAGUUUGUCCAUCCUCAUUCCUCAUCCAAAUUUGGCAUGUUUGUAUGUCACCAUCAGGCUGACACAGUGUUCUGCCCCAGCUGUCGCACCACGUGUGUGCCCUGUAGCUCAUUAGCAGGGAGAAGACCUCUUUUUUUAAUUCCUUCCCCCAAUUUCAAUGCCUCAUUGCUGUAGCUGAGGCUCAGGGCCUGCUGAGCUAAAAUCCAGCAGCCUCACAUGAGCGUGGUUGACAGCACAGCCAUGUUUAUUUGGGAGUACACACGGUGCUGGGGUGGCCAACAGUGGGUGAAGCUGCUCCCAGUGUGCUGGGAAUGCAACAGGCCAAGGUUUUGUGCAUCAAAAUAAUGCAGGCAGCAAAUUGGCUUGAGCUCCAGGUUGGGACCCUGCAGGAUUUCAGUCUCAAUUGUGGAAGGAAACCCUUUGGCUUUGUGUUAUGGUUGGAGGAGCUACAAAGCACCCCAGCACCUCCUGCUUGCCUCCCCCAGCUCACAACAGGCAGCCUGUACCCCAGUGUGGGACUCUGUGCUUUGUGACUGCACGAGCUUUACACAGACCGAUUUGUAAAAAAAAAAAA